UUGGUGCCGCCCUUUGUGGUGGUGCUUGUUAGCCCUGCCGUACGGACACCAUGCGGGACGGCCGAAGCUGGUUCGCAGUCGACUCACUGCCGCGUCUUUUGCAGUCCAAACCAGGUCGCAGAAAAGGUGGCCUCCAGAAUUGCCGAGGGCUUCAGCGAUACGGCUCUCAUCAUGGUAGACAACACUAAGUUUACGAUGGACUGCGUGGUGCCUACGAUCCAUGUGUACGAACACCAUGAAAACCGAUGGCGGUGCAGGGACCCACACUAUGAUUACUGUGAAGACUGGCCAGAGGCCCAGAGGAUCUCAGCGUCACUCCUGGACAGCCGGUCCUAUGAAACACUUGUGGAUUUUGAUAACCACCUGGAUGACAUUCGGAAUGACUGGACAAACCCAGAGAUCAAUAAAGCUGUUCUGCAUCUGUGCUAGGGAGGGGUUUUAGUGACUGGUCUCUGGGUGUUUCCACUACACUGAAGAAGAAAGCUAUUUUUAAAUGUAAAUAAGAUCUCUCGUAGCCUGUGUGGGAAGCGGACAGUUAGCAGAGGUGGUUGUGCCCUGAUAGGGCAGAGUGUCCCUCACCAUCUUUCUAAUUCAGAGUCUCUAGAAGAGGUGCACACUGUCCCACCUGACCGUCCCUGUGGAGUCCUUCCCAGUUAUAUGUUGCUCUAAUCCUCCAAAUCAAAGCUGUUUCUGCUUGUCUGAGAUUGUUCCUAUUAAACAGUUUUAACUAACCUUUUAUAAUCUGGAGAGAAUACCUUUUAAGGCUUAUGAAUUACCUUUAAAAGAAAAAAGCCCAGAUCUUA